AUGACGCCAUACCAAUACCGGCGACACGGCCUCAGAUGUGACGAUGCGAUGGCUGCUGAGAUGCCUGGUUUCUCCCAUUGCAUUACCCGGAAGCCUACACUGUCUGGCAGGCAAGAGCUCGCAACGUCCAUUUCUACACCUAUUCUGACACUAUCCCACAUCCAGGGCUGUGUGCCCUUGCAGAAGUUAGCACCUCAGUUGAGGGCUCCUCCCAAGCCAGUGGACAUGGGACAUCAUGGGGCCGCUGCCACGACUGAGGCAGCCUAUGAACUGGGCCAUGGCCUGCGGGUCAUGGGGCUCAGCAAGAGGCCGGGCUACAUUCUCAUUCACAACCAUUCGCCAACCCUCAAGUUUUUGAUGCUACAGGAGGUCUUAGAGUAUGAGGUGAGCAAAGGCCGUAUCCAUGAGGAUGACAUUGUCAUUUUCUCAGAUGGUCAUGAUGUCUUGCUGCAGCAAUCGCUUGCGGAGAUUUUCGUGGCCUACAGUCGAUUCCCUGACUGGCCUUAUCUUAUCUCUGGGGAACGCAAUUGCUGGCCUUGGCCACAUACCCAUCCAUCACAUGGGACAUGGGAUUUGAACGACCAGAUCCCUUUUGCGAACCAGUCAUGGACGAUAAACCGAUGGAUCAGGUUCCUGCCUGAGGACUUCUGUCGAAUGAUUCGAGGAGAUGGUCCAUACCCGUACCCCAACAUUGGUUUGUCCAUGGCUCCAGCAAAGCGCUUCAUAGAGGUGCUGAAAAGGAACAACAAGAUCGUGCUUGAAGAGGAGAUGAAUGAUCAAGGUGCUAUGUGGUUGGUGAUCUUCCGCUAUGCUGAGGAGUUGAAUAUCCAGAUAGACCAACAUGCAGAGGUCUUCCUCAACAUGUUGGAAUACAAAGCCGGCGAUCUCGAGCGCGAACCCUGCGACAAGACCUGGUUCCGCGGCGCAGGCGGCUUCGGGCGGCCACCACGGAAUGCCUUGACCAACACAACUCCGGGCAUCUUGCACUUCAACGGACCUUCUCAUGAGGAUGGAGUAUGGCCCAGCUGCUACCAUGUCAUCAAUGGAAAGUUCCGAAGAAAAGAGCACGGCCACGCGUUCUACGAUAUAGAUCAUGACAUUUUGGCGGACAAGGGUAAAAAAGCUGGAGAAGACCAACACGCUUUCCCAGAGGCAGAGGCCCCCAGUCACUCCUUGCCUCCGGGCUGA